AGAUUAAUUAUAAAUCUCAACUUAUAAGAUGAGCAUAAAUAGAUAAUAUAAAAUAUUCUAAUUCUUUGUUAGAUUUUGUACUAAAAGUUAACUUUAUAAUUAACUUGAGUUUUUGUUUCCUCUAAUAACUAACUUUGUAAAAUAGCUUUUUGUAGAAAAAAAUAAUUUUUUAUUUUUAAAUUUAUAAUUAUUUGCAAUAGAACACUAUAUAUCCAAUUAGCCUAUGCCUAUAAUUACAGUGACCAUAUUUUCUGUAUGCAAAAUAGCUCAUAGUGUUAUACAAAGAGUUCUCAGCUACUUCUUUGGUGAAAAGACCUGGUUUAUAUGCUUUAGAAACCAAAGUAAUGGAAUGUCUGGAAAUUUUGGUGGUUGUGGUUAUGGUGGGACCGAGUAUUUAAAAGAAAACUCUUUUAGAAACUCAGUGUAUAUAAGGAUGGGUAAUUUUGUUGGUUGAUUGGUUUGUUUUUCAGAUAUCUGGUGAUGAACAGAAGUGGUGGGUGAGAACUUCCGAGCAGCCAAUAGAUCGUCGUUCUAUGUACUUCCGAUAUCCAUGGCCUCACUUUCCUAUAACAUUUCGGGAGGAAUGCCUGUACAUGUCUGCCAAGACUUGGUUUAGCGACUUAAAUAAACCAGCAGACUGCAGCACCAAGUUGCCCUUCAUCUGUGAAAAAUAUAAUGUCUCUUCAUUAGAAAAAUAUAGUCCAGAUUCUGCAGCUAAAGUACAGUGUUCUGGGGAUUGGAUUACUUUUCAGAAUAAGGUAAAGAGAGAAUUGCUACAUUGUACAAAUGAUGAUUGCUUUCAUGAUGGUUGUAUGGCCUGUGGCAGAAUCGCAGCCCGUCAAGUAACUUCACUAAGAUAGCCUCUGCAUGCUUCAGUAACUCACCUGAUCCUCUGUAGUGCCAGAAACCAAGUUAACUCUCAAGUUAGUCAUGCCUACAGGUCUUUCAAAGUAAUGCAAUCCUAUUCUGUGCUAGUAAGCUUAAAUUGCUGAAGUUGAUUGGUCAAUGGAUUAUAAUACAUUAAAUAAUAAAACAAUCUCUAUAGCAUGAAGGAAACUGACAAUUUCUGGCUGAUAAAUUUUCCACUUGAAAGAAAGCAUCCAAGCAGCAUCUACCAAUUAAAUUAGACCAGCAGUUCCAAACUAUUUUGGGGGUGCUACACUACACAUAUGCUAACAAAAUGAUAAUCAUUGAUCUUGCCUCCAAAGGUUUUAAUGAUUAAAUAGAUUUGGGAAAAUGCUACAUUCUAUACCUGCCUUUUUGAAGUGCAUAAUCCAUAUUGGUAUACGUUUCUCUUUGGAAAUGCAUUUGGCUGCUAAAUAGAGAGAUUGCUAUACUGUGUUAAAACAUCUAUUCUCUCACACAAAAGAAAUUUGAUGGUAAGUGGGCUGGAGUUGGUAUGGAAGCUGCACGACAUCUUCAAA